AAUUAAUUGCUAUUGUUUUAAUAAUAUAGUACUACAUUUAUUUGGCUUGGGUUCGUUAUUGGCUCGGAAUCCAAUACAUUUGUAAACCUCUAUUUAACGUGUUCUAAAAUUUCAGGGCUACUUGAUUUUUAAAAUAUAAUUGCAGUGUUGUAGGCCAAUAAAAUAUGCCUGGAUGACAAUUCUAUUGAAAGCAAAGUUGCCUUUUGCAUUAUCAACCGAGUUCUUAAUUUGGCAAAAGUCGUUCCAGUUGUGUAAAUCAUAAGAGGCAGUUCUAAGAUGCAUCCGCCCAUGACGCCGCUUACUUCCCGCUGUGGCUAUCUGCGCAGUCGCAAGCGCAUAAAUCCGCAUCCCAUAUCGGAGCUGCGCAAGCGUGCGAAAACCGAAGAUCCAGAAGACACCAAAUGCUUAACAGAAGCAGACACCUCGAAGGAGUCCGAACUUCAGACGUCUGCCAACGAUAGUGGCAUCGCCUCUAGCCUUGAAAUCGGCGAAGGGACAAGCUACCUCAGAGCCAAAUGAAGAAUCCUUUCUAGUGGUUUAUUCAAUCGAAUGGUGUACAUAGGUGUGAAGGAACAGCAGCAGCAGUGGCAGCGGAAAAUACUUAAGCACGAACGAAAUAUAUACUACGGAACAUUGCAGACAUUGAGAUACUCGGUUACGAGUUGAAAUAAAGAAAUAUCCAUCUUUCGAGCCUA